GCCAAAUUUCACGUAUUACUUUAUCCCUUGGAAAUGCAGUCUACAGCCUACUCUGUGUAGUAUAAAUAUGUGACCAUGGAGAUCGAGGAUGAAAACCAAGCAAAGUUUAAUUGAGGUUAGGCCUUACUUAGCCUUGUUACUUCUUGGAGACUCUAUUCAUCAAACAAUGGCCGCCAUUACCAUUUCUGAUAAAGUUUGGUACAUGGCUAUUCUUCUUUUAAGCAUUGUUGCUACUUUGAAUCGUGGUGUUGUUGGAGGUGAUGUUAAUGAUGAAGACGAUAAUUACUGCUCAUAUAGAAGUUGGCGAAGUUGUGGCAGCUUCUUUGGCAGAGGUAGUAAGUAUUAUGGUGGUGCUGGAGGUGGAGGUGGAGGUGGAGGGGGAGGCGGAGGAGGAGGUGCCUCUGGUAAUGCUGUAGGACAUGGAGAGGCGCAUGGUGCAGGAGGAGGUAGUGGCAGUGGCAGUGGUGAAAUGGGAGGAGGAGGUGGUGGUGGAGGUGGUGAAGGCAGUGCUAGUGCUGGUGCUGGUGGCAUUGGGUCAGGUCACGGAGAAGGCUUUGGAGCUGGAGGUGGUGUGCAAGGUAUUGGUGGUGGUGGUGGAGGUGGAGAAGGUGGUGGAGGUGGCAGUAGUUAUGGUAGUUCUGGGGAAGGGUUUGGACAUGGUAGUGGUUUUGGAGCAGGCAUAGGCGAAGGGGUGGGAGGUGGUGGUGGUGGUGGAGGGGGAGGUGGAGGUGGAGGUGGUAAAGGUUCUAAUGGAGGAUAUGGCCAUGGUAAUGGUUAUGGUGAAGGUGGUGGUGGUGGUGGUGGUGUUGGCAACGGAGGGGGCGUUGGUGGUGGUGGGGGAGGAGGAGGAGGUGGAGAAGGUGGUGGAGGUGGGGCUAAUGGAGGGUCUGGUCAUGGUAGUGGAUAUGGUGCUGGUAUGGGAGUUGGGACUAGUGGAGGAGGUGGAGGUGGAGGUGGCGGCAAUGGUUAUGGUAGUUCUGGGGAAGGGUUUGGUCAUGGUAGUGGUUUUGGAGCAGGAGCAGGCAUGGGCGUAGAGGUGGGAGGUGGAGGUGGUGGUGGUGGUGGUGGUGGUGGUGGUGGUGGUGGGGGUGGUGGAGGUUCUAGUGGAGGAUAUGGCAAUGGUAAUGGUUAUGGUGCUGGUGGUGGCAUUGGUAUAACAGGCAUUGGAGGGGGAGCUGGUGGUGGAGGAUGGGGGGGAGGAGGUGGUUCGAGUGGAGGUGGAGGCGGAGGUGGAAGUGGAGGAGGAGAAGGGAUGGGCUUUGGAGGGGGUUCAAAUGGUGAUAAGAACGGCAUGAACAUGGGAUUUGGAAUGGGGAUGGGAAUGGGCAUUGGAUUUGGUUUUGGCGUGGGAACAGGUGGAGGUAGAGACUCAAAUAAUAAUAAUGGCCAUCCCUAAACCAAACAUGCAUCUAAAUUCCCAUCACCAAUUUUAUCGCCGUAUUGGUUGGGAGGUAUCAACCUUGUGCCUUAAGUCACAACACCCUAUUCUUUCUUUAUUUUCUACUAUGAAUCAAGUACUGAGAGUUGAGAUUCCUAUGGAAAUAAAAAAAUGUCGCUUUCUACUUAUUUUUGUUUAUCAACUCUUUGGUGUUACAUUCACCAUUCCUUCUACUACUUUUCCUAGUUCCUGUAUUAGGUAUAAAUUGUCAAAAUCAUCAAAUCCACUUCUCAAGAAGAUAACUACAUAGGUUUGGAAAAUUAAAUUUAUAAUACGGGUAAUGAACACAAGAUUAUACAAGCAGACACAGUGUGUCGUAUGUUCUUACAUUAUUAAUAUACAAGGAACCACUGCUCCUACAUAUGAUCCUGAGAAAAUCGGAUCACGACAACGUUGAAUUACUUGG